UUUGUAUAGAACUUCGGAGAUUGAAGACAAGAAGAAUCUGAAGAUCUUUUCACAGAGGUUUAUAGUGAGAAAGACAUUCAGGUCCUUUUAGAGACGUUGGAACGAAACUGUUCUGAAGACCUUCUACUUUAGUAAAAUAACAUUCAUAAUAAUCCAAAUACCUUCUAUACUUUGUUAAAAGGUUGGUUGAAGACAAAUAGACUUUAACCGACAUUGAAAGACAAAAACAUAAAAUACUCUAACAAUUUAUUAGAGUAUUUUAUGUAUUUAUGUUAGCAACAAAUCGAAAGCAGCAACAUAUAAACAAACUCAUACUUGGUUGAAAUAACAAAGUAAAAAUGAAUUAGUAUGAGGCAUUUUAAGGAUAAAGACAUUGAGAAAAACCUCGAGUAGCCAAUUGGAAAAUGAAGAACCAAAAAUACCCUGAGGACAUUUCACAGAAGGGAAAAUUUGGUAAAAUUACAGGAUUCACAAACACAAAGAAACCAUUUUCUCUAGCUAUCUAUGAAACUUUGUUGAUAGAUAGAUGAUAGAUUGAUAGAUGUCAAGUUUUUUUGUCACUAGUUACUAGUUAGUUGAUAAGACUGUAGUAGCUUGCGAGCUUGUAAUCUCUAUGGUCAUUAGUUUCAAUUAUUAUUAAAUAGACUGUUGUCUUGUAUGUCGACCUAUAUAAAAGAACAUGUUCAAUUUAACGUUAAAGAGCUCCUACAAACUUUUACAGACGUUUAGGAAUAAACAAAAAAACUCUGUUAAUCGUUUACAGAAGUAAUUGUGUGGCUAACUUUAGUAAUAUUUCUUUCAAUAAUUAAUUUUUCGUUAAAAUGCACUGAAUAUUUAAUAUAAGCGACAUUUUUAUUCUUUUGUCUUUGUUACAGUUUUAUUUCAGAUGUUCGUAUCAAUAAACCACAAGUAUGAAUAUUAAUUUUACCACAACUAACUUUAUUUAAAAUCAAAUCCAAUGCCAACUUAUUGAGUCAGUUUGUGGCAAAUAAUACCCCAAAAAUGUUCAAUUUUUACUUCCUAGUAGCAGUUAUAAGCCUUUUUGGCAACAACUUUGCAUACGAUGUAAAUUUUGAUGAAAAAGGCCUAUUUUGUUUCAUCUGCGACAGUUCUGAAGACCCAAACUGUUUGGAACCCACCCAAAGUAUGGCUGAAGUGUGCGGCACCAAAGACAAGUGUUUCAAAUCUACUGUCAAAAAUGAUUUAGCUGGAGAACAAAUCAUCAGAGGUUGUACCAGUUAUUCUGAAGGUGCUGAACAGCACGAAUGCCGUGGUACUAAUCAAGAAAAAUGCGAAAUAUGUAACAAGGAUCUUUGUAAUAAUGUGACUAAUUUAAGAAUUAACUUUGUAAUAUUAGUAUUAAUAAUUUCAUUUAUUUAUUUUGUUUAAAAAAAAACACAUCAAUGUUUAUUAGGAAAUAAGUUUUUUUAUUAAAAGAAAAUAAUAACAAAAAGUAUUAACAAUAAAUUAAUACAAGUUGGUAAUUAAUAGGUACAUGAGCUGAUUUUGACCUUAUGUUACUUCCUUUUACAGAAGCAACAUUCUUGACCUGCAUAAUAAAUUAAAACAACAAUUCUCAUAAAUUACAUAUUCCAGCUUGAAACAAGGUUGAAAACUACACAUGAAAAUAUUUAUUAUACAAAAAUAGUGUUUUUUUUAGUUUGGUCUGAUUUAAACUAUGGAAUAUUUAACAGAUAAAUGUUUUAUAAAAGCUGUAAAUUCAAAAAACUGUUUGAAUAUUUUGGUAUAAUAUUUAAAUCUACAAACUACCAAAUAGUAUCACUAAUACACUAACAUAAAAGACAGUAGGUAAGCAUUGAAAUUUUCAAGCACACCAAUCGGCUAAAACAAAACAAAUAAAAUGAGAUACAUUUUUACAGCCUAUAAUAUUUAGGCAUAGAUGUUUAUGCAAAUUUUUACACAAAUAGACACCGAUAAUAAUUAUUAUGAGAAAAAUUUAAAACAGGAAAGCAAAAACUGCAAGCAAAACUCCCAACAGGGUAAAUCCGGAAAUUUUCGAUGCCGAAUUGCACUUGUCACUGUCACAAGUUUGACAAUCCAGUUCACUUAGAGCAUCUGGAUCGUUGCUGGAUUGGUCGGAAAUCCAGCCGACAGUUUUAGCCAAAACUUGACAGCCUACAGCCGGUGGGUUCAUGCAGCCUCUUGCGAUGUAGUCUUCGCCUUUCUUGUC